GUUUUAAACUCACCUUCCUCUUCUCAGGUUAAAAAAUGGCUGCUCGUCAGACAAGCGAUGAUAGAAGAUUUGGAAUUAAGUACUUUCGUCGUCGUUACCAUCAUCGUCAAUUGACACCACUAACUCCACCACAGACACCUGAGAUUAUUUCGCACAAGCCUAAGAUGAUUGAUGAUGAUAGCGAAGAAGACAUAGAAAGAGAAGAGAAGGUUCAUUUACAAGAAAAAAAGGUUGAUGAGCAGAAAAAGAAGGUUCAUGAAAAUAUAAAGCCAAAAGAAGAAACAAAUAGCCCAAGUACCAGUGGUAAUGGACUGCAUUGGGAUGAACGUCUCAAGGGUAAACAUGUUUAAUAAUAUUCAUGUAAAAACAUCCAACAUUUUUAAAUGUGACUGUGUUAGACA